AUGAUAUUUGGCCUGGGAAAGCUAUUCUACGUUAUUCUGCUGCUCGUCAAUGCAGUUGCAGUCCUGAGCGAGGAGCGUUUCCUAAGGAGAAUUGGGUUAGGAUCCAAGUCCAAUCAGCCGGUUUUUGGCCAGGCGGAGAACUCUACGAAGUCGAAACUAGUACAUCUAAUCAGUGCUGUCCAAACGCUGCUAAGGAUACCGUUGAUCGGCAUUAACAUCCUUGUGAUUCUGUAUGAACUAGUCCUAGGUUAG